AUGGUAGAAGGACCAGGAGCUACACGCAACAGUCGAAAGGUUCAGCCUGCCAUUGGAUAUACAGUGGAGUCAGUAGGGCAGGAACACUUGCAGGAAAAACUCCAAGACAAAUGCUUGGCCGAGGUAAUCUCAGUGGGCAAGGAAGUUUUCCUGCUGUUUACCAGUAAUCGGGAGGGUGAAGAUUCACAAGAGGGUGAAACUGCAUUACGGCUACAUUUUGGUAUGAGUGGUUGCCUCUAUCUAUAUCAAGAUGACAUUGGAACCAACAGCAUUCCAACAUGGCGACGAAACACCCCAUCUUCUUUGAAAAUUUACCUCGUGUCUCCCGACGAUCCGAUUUCAAGAAUGUGUUUGGAGACAAAAGACUCGACCAGCAACCUCCUUUCUGCUCGUGUUGCAAGAUCCAAAGUCAUGCGGCUAUCCAAAAGAGACGUCUGUGGGGAUGGCUUUGAUCCAUUGGCGGUAAUGGAUGCCAUAGUGAAUAAACGGUCGGAUGCAAUAAUCUCAGAUGCAAUUCUGGACCAAGACCGCUUUCCAGGCGUUGGUAAUAUCAUCAAGAUCGAAGGAUUGCAUCGAUCAAAAGUGCAUCCCAAACGAAUUGUUUCGACAUUGACCAGGGACGAACUUCAAGCUGUUGUAUCGAGCUGCCGCCGCUAUGGCAUGGGGUGGCUGUCAUCAGGUCGGGCACCGGCGAAAGCAGUUUAUAACCAGACGGUGUGUGGAACUUGCUCGGCUCCAUCAGUACGUAUGGUGAAAUUGGGAGAUGAUCUCAGUCGUACGACGUUUUGGUGUGAAUCUUGCCAGCCACUCGAAAGGAGAAAAGAAAACAAAGAAAGGAGCGCACCAGCUGUUCGGAUCCUGCCCCGAACCAAACCACUGAACACGACAGCAAAAGCCACACCAUGCUGUCCACAACAUGGAGCAUCGUCACUCCUACUGAAACGUGUAAAGAAGACGAAUUCUGUAAACCGCAAUCGAUUGUUUCGACUCUGCAAGGUUCGCCCUUGUCCUUAUUUCGUUUGGGCUGACAAUCAUUUCCCUAAAUGCGCCUGUCGGCAAACAGCAACUCUACGAGUUAGUAAAACAGAACGUACCGGGGGGCGUUGGUUUCUGUCAUGUCGCAAUGCCGCUGCGAAGCCUAGCGAUGGAUACUCGACACCACGAGGUUGCAAGUUUUUUGCGUGGGCGGAGGACGCACAAUUGAAGCCAUUUGGAAAUUCAUUAACGCCCCUCUUAUAG